UCCCAGCAUGCACUGCGAGGCCUGCAGUAUAUUAUUGACAAAGAAAAAAAGGCUGGUGAGCAACAACAACAGGGUGGUGGGAACAGAAGCGCUAACCCUGGUCAUAGCACUGACGUUACACGAACCCGUGUGUGCUGACAACAAGUGCCACGUCAUGUCCCUGAGGCGAUGAGAGCGGGACGUGUCAUUUCCACCUAAAGGGAGUUUACACAGCUUGAUAGUUUGUGGAGAGAGAGAGGUGGGGGGGGGGCAGGCAGACCGUGGACGGGGAAGGGGAAGAGCUCAGCUGGAGCCAAUGCAGCAGCAGCAUCGACAGCCUGAGCUGGUGGAAGGAAGCCUUCCUGUGUUCGUGUUCCCCACUGAGCUCAUCUUCUACGCAGAUGAGCAGACGUCUCACAAGCAGGUGCUCACCCUCUACAACCCCUAUGAGUUCGCCCUCAAAUUUAAAGUGCUGUGCACAGCGCCAAACAAGUACACUGUGGUGGAUGCCACCGGAGCCGUCAAGCCACAGUGUUGUGUUGACAUAGUGAUCCGACACAGAGAUGUGCGUGCAUGCCAUUAUGGGGUGUACGACAAGUUCCGGCUGCAGGUGUCUGAGCAGAGUCAGCGGAAAGCUCUGGGUCGCAAAGAGGUGACUGCCACGCUCCGUCCAUCAGCCUCACAGGAGCCGCCCAGCCCCCGGCCCCAAGAUGAGGAACGCAAAGUCAAAGAGCAGUUUGCAGACAGCGAGUUUUAUGAACAGACUGCAUUUCAGACAGUGAGCCGUCCUGUUGCUGGAGGUCCCAGUCUGCUGACGGUGCUGCUUGGGCUGGUGUGUAUGGCCGCCCUGAUGCUCCCUACCCUGGGGGAGCAAGAAUCUACUGUGCCUGUCUACCUCCACUUAAGUGUUAACAAGAAACUUGUAGCUGCUUAUGUUCUUGGUAAGUUUAAAAAAAAAAAAAAAAACUCAUGCAAUUGGCUGACAGAAUGAGGUUGUUUAUGUUAAAUCUGUUUUAAUGUGAACUACGCUGCUAUUGUUUGACAUCACAUUGCUUAAAAUAGUAUGUGCUAG